AUGGCUCAGGCCUUUGUGUUGACCCUCGUCGUCGCGCUGGCUUGCCUAACGGCUUCUUCCCAGGCUCAGAAUGGCUGUACGGGCUUCAAUGAUAAUGAUGAACUCUGCUUUGACGUGGAUCGAAACACCAACCCAUGCCAAGGCAUGAUCUGCCACUUUGGCACCUGCGGCCCCAGCAAUCUACUUCGGGCUCAAUGGGCGACUUGUCCAGGUGGACGGUGCAUCGACGGUACUUGCAUUGCUCUUCCCGAUCAAGCAACUGGGUUGCUUGGUUUUCCUUUUGAUCGUGGCGUCGGUGGCACGGCCAUUAAUACGUUCCAAGACCAUGGAAAUGGCCUGCAAUUUCAGCCCGUGACGUGGAGUGAUCCCAAACUCGGCACGGCUGCCCUGUCCCUCAGCGGCGGAUAUGUGCGCUGCACACAGCAGAACCUCCCUGAGACAUUCACCUUCCUUUCCUGGGUACGCACCACCGCGACUGGUGGCCAAACCCUCUUGGCCUGGACAAACUCAGGCUUCACCGCCUCGGCUGCAAUUCGCAUUGCGCUCGGUCGAUUGCAAUACUUUGCCUCCAACGCCACCGCUUCCAACAGCGUUUACACAAAUGCCGUCGUCAACGAUGGCGAGUGGCACCAUGUUGCUGUUCGGGCCCGUGGCUCCUCCAUUCAGCUCUAUGUAGAUGGUGCCCUCGAAGUGGAUCAGAAUGUCUCUCGCGUCAGCUUGACGCCUGCCACCACCUACAUUGGCGCCACUGCUGGCAGCAGUGGCCCACUUGUGACAUUUUCUGGUAGCAUCGACGAAUUACAGCUCUGGGAACGCGUCAUGAGCCCUCGUGAAAUUUUUGUUGAAGCUCGAAGGAUCGAUCAUUACCUCUUGCUGGGCCAACCAAGAACGACAGAGCCUCUUGAUUUCAGUAGCACCAGUGCCAAUGAUUGUGCAAAUACUUGCUUGGACACAACUUGCGACGGCUUUGUCUAUUCCGAGACACUUCAACGUUGCUCCAUCUACACUGGAUCAAUUAUCUACGAUCCCUUAACAACAGGGGCCUCAACAUUGAUCUACCGACGUGAUGGCACCUUCCCCGCAGCGAGCACCUCGACCACCAGCUCACCCGGCUCUGGGUCGGGUCCCACAGUCCAGUAUACGUUCGAGGUCGUGACCGGAGAUGUCAUCGCGGAUACCGCUAGUGGUCACUACGAUGCUUUCUAUUCUGGAAAUUGUGCCCCUGAUCCCAACGCCUGGACUGGGGCUGUCGCUUUCUAUAUGACUAAUUGCGUGAUAAGAUCGACUUUUGCUGCCCGCCCAGUCACCAUGAGCGUGCGAUUCAAGUCAACAAGCACUCAAGCUCAAGCAAUCUUUUCAUUUUCGUCCAACGAUCAACUUUUCGAACUGCGAAAGGUCGCCUCCGCUAUUUCAGUCUACAGUUCGCUGAGCACUAGCGAAUCCUAUAGUUUGACUACCACAGUACCCACUGGAUCGAGCUCAAACUGGCAUACGCUUCAUGUCGUACUGGACGACGCAGGAGCGCUGGGUUCUUUGUAUGUCGAUGGUGUUGAGGCUGUGACAAACGUCUUCAGAGCCGCUUCGGCAUACGAUUCCUGGACCAUUGGCGGGAGGAGUGGUAGCCAGCUCUACCGCUACCAGGGUAGUCUUGACCAGAUUGAGCUGUGGUCUGAAACCCUUGAUGCAGCUACAAUCUGGGCCGACUAUACGAAUGUUGAUGGAGCAACAUUUCUCGCAGCUGGCGCAAACGGGCCGGCAUUUGCUGCGCCUCGUCGCUUAAACCCGGCAACCCGUGCUGCAAGCUUUCUGUCUUCAAGUCUAACCACAGCAGUUGAAGAAUGCUUCCAUGCUUGUGUGGACAUGCCAUCCUGUAAAACUUUUGAGUGGAUCAAUGGAAGCGUAUGUAUUCUUUAUGAUCUUUGGGAUGCUGAAGAUUUUCUACAGGCAACAAAUGCGACCUUACUAUUAUACAAACUGGAUGACGUGAGCACCAGCUCAACCUCUAGCACCUCCAGCACGUCUAGCACGUCGAGCACCUCUAGCACAUCGAGCACCUCAAGCACAUCGAGCAGUUCUAGCACCUCAAGCAGUUCUAGCACCUCAAGCACCUCCAGUACCUCUAGCACCUCCAGUACCUCGAGCACCUCUAGCACCUCAAGCAGUUCUAGCACCUCUAGUACCUCUAGCACCUCAAGCAGUUCUAGCACCUCCAGUACCUCAAGCAGUUCUAGCACCUCCAGUACCUCUAGCAGCUCCAGUACCUCCAGCACCUCCAGUACCUCCAGCACCUCCAGUACCUCGGGCACCUCUAGCACCUCGAGCACCUCAAGCACCUCGAGCACCUCAAGCUCCUCUAGCAUGUCAAGCACGUCGAGCACAUCGAGCACCUUAAGCACCUCAAGCACCUCAAGCACCUCGAGCACCUCAAGCUCCUCUAGCAUGUCAAGCACGUCGAGCACGUCGAGCACGUCGAGCACAUCCAGUACAUCCAGUACAUAUAGCACGUCAAGCACCUCGAGCAGUUCCAGCACUUCCAGCACCUCAAGCAGUUCCAGCACUUCCAGCACCUCAAGCGCAUCAGAUGCAUCCAACAGCUCAGCCACCAUGACCACCACUGGCCCAACUCUUUCAUCGCCCCCUUCAACAUCAACCGCCACCACCACCCAGACUACCACCACCAACACACCUACUACUACUACUACUACUACUACUACUACUACUACUACUACUGCUGCUGCUACUACUACUACUACUCAAAGUACAACCACAACGCCUGCAGCCUCCCUACAAGGCAUGUGGCUGUUUGAGGCAGGCACAGGCACCACAGCCUUUGACUCUUCAACUUACCAGCGAAACGGCCUCCUCCGUGGUGGUGCCGCUUUCACCCCGGAUGCGCGCAUUGGUACCUAUGCCCUUGCCCUGGACGCAGGCACCACAUCCCAUGUCACCCUGCCCUGCGUCGGUCUCUCUAGCUCGGGCGAGACACGAGCACUCUGGCUCAAGUCAGACGCCACGCUUCAGGCCAUGUCGCUUCUGUCAUAUGGUCACUCGGCUGUUGGUGGUGUCAUGAGCUAUGAGUUCCGCCUGGUCCAGGGCUGCCCUCAAGUCUUUGUUUACGAUGGCUUCUCACAGCAGAUUGUGGGUGGGCCUGGCGUGGUGGCCCCCGUCAAUGAUGGUCAGUGGCAUCAUGUUGCCUACACACUCAGCGUCGAUGGUCAGGCCAACAUCUACGUGGAUGGUGCCCCAGUGGCCUCUGCCACAGACUUGGACCUGGCUGGUCUCGUCUUGCUCGAUGCCAUUGACAUUGGUCGUCGCAGCGUUGGCACUUCGAGCGCUCUCUACUUUAACGGCCGUCUCGACAAUGUCCUGCUGGAGCACCGCGAGCUUUCUGAAGCUGAGAUUAUGGCGCUUGUACAACCACAACGCCUGCAGCCUCCCUACAAGGCAUGUGGCUGUUUGAGGCAGGCACAGGCACCACAGCCUUUGACUCUUCAACUUACCAGCGAAACGGCCUCCUCCGUGGUGGUGCCGCUUUCACCCCGGAUGCGCGCAUUGGUACCUAGUGCCCUUGCCCUGGACGCAGGCACCACAUCCCAUGUCACCCUGCCCUGCGUCGGUCUCUCUAGCUCGGGCGAGACACGAGCACUCUGGCUCAAGUCAGACGCCACGCUUCAGGCCAUGUCGCUUCUGUCAUAUGGUCACUCGGCUGUUGGUGGUGUCAUGAGCUAUGAGUUCCGCCUGGUCCAGGGCUGCCCUCAAGUCUUUGUUUACGAUGGCUUCUCACAGCAGAUUGUGGGUGGGCCUGGCGUGGUGGCCCCCGUCAAUGAUGGUCAGUGGCAUCAUGUUGCCUACACACUCAGCGUCGAUGGUCAGGCCAACAUCUACGUGGAUGGUGCCCCAGUGGCCUCUGCCACAGACUUGGACCUGGCUGGUCUCGUCUUGCUCGAUGCCAUUGACAUUGGUCGUCGCAGCGUUGGCACUUCGAGCGCUCUCUACUUUAACGGCCGUCUCGACAAUGUCCUGCUGGAGCACCGCGAGCUUUCUGAAGCUGAGAUUAUGGCGCUUGCCUUCCCUCCCACGACAACGACCACCAUUCCUACCACCUCAACGGCUGAUCUCACCACCACCACCACCACCACCACCACCACCGCUACGACAACCGCCGCUCCCGUAACCACGACUGAGAGCACCACCACCACCACUGCUCCCGACGGCAGCGGGGAUGGAAGCACCACCACCGCGCCCCCCACAUCGACCACGGGCUCAGCCACCAUGACCACCACCGAGCCGUCAGGCUCUACCACGACUCUGUCGACUUCCACAUUCUCUGGCUCUGGUGCUGGCAGUGGCACUACUGCCACGAUGUCCUCGUCAACCCCGGAUGCUGGGACCACUACGGUUUCUUCAACUUCAGAUGAUAGCAGUGGCAUUAUGACUACCACGGCCUCCAGCUCAAGUCCAUCUACUACAGUGGACAUGAGUGGCUCUGGUUCGACUACUAUUAUCACCACCUCGUCCACUGCCACCACUGCUGAAUCUAGCGGAAGCAGCAGCACUAUUACUGAGACUUUCACUUCAACUCUGCCCGUCACGACUGAUCCCGACACCUCAAGUGGCUCCGGCGAAACAUCCUCAAGUACACCCACCUUUUCUACCACAUCCACUUCACCUGCAACGACAUCAACCACGACUGAAACGGGCUCGGGAGAUACAUCAGGCUCCGGCGACUUCGUCUCGACAACAGCGCCCCUUGUUACAACAACGCUCAGCCCAACAAGGGUUGCUGUACUGGUCAACUUUUCAUCGAGCAUCACAUCCACACAGCUCUUCGAGCUUGUUCAAGCCAUACCUGGUUUGACAAGUAAUUUAGUGUUGGUGCAAAAUUCUUCUCUUCACGACUACGCAAUUGUCCGAGCCUUGAUCGGGUCUGGACCAGCAGUUGAAUCAGCGGUUUUGUCUGCUGCAUCUGACAUCGGGCUUACUGGUUUAACAGCGUCGAGAUCUACUUGCGACAACUGCAGCUCCUGCCCAAGUCAACAGACGGAGUUUCUUUAUGACACAGAGUGCUGCCCUGUGUGCUUGAGUGUGGCAGAAUAUCAGUACGAGAAGGCAAAAGCUGCGUACUUGCUUGACCUGGAGCAAUUUCACAUCGACGCGGCAUGCUUUGAAGAGAGUGCGUAUCGUUUGGUGCUUCCUUCUUCUCGACCAAGUUUUGCUUCUGCAUUCAUGAUGUACCUUUCGGCAAUCCUAGGACGUGACGUGCUUCAGUCAGUCGGUGAAGUUUGGGAUGCAGCCUACGCUUCGUAUCAUUCCCAGGAAGCAGCCUUUUUCGAUGAUAAUUGCGGUUAACGUGUUAAACAGCUCGCCUGGUGUUGUCACCUUUCCACGAAAACCAAACUUGGUCACGGGUUAUCACAUCCUGUGACCGCGAUCUUAGCAUGCAUGUAAGAAACAAAAGGCAUUUAAUUGUGUGGCCAUUGUAAAACAAUUAAUCGAACUGAAUCUUG